AUGGAGCGUCUGAAGUUAGUCCUGCAGUACUUUCAGUCGAACUCUGAGUCCAUCUCCAAUGGAAUCUGUAUCAUCCUGGCCUUAGUCAGUGUCAAGCUCUACACCAGCUUCGACUUUAACUGCCCGUGCCUUCCUCAGUACAACAAACUGUACUCUCUGGGAGUGAUGAUCGUCCCGCCUGUCAUACUGUUCUUCCUGGGGGUCCUGGUCAACCGACAUACAGGCGUCAUGAUGGACGAGUGGAUGAGACCCGUUGGGAACAGAUCCAAAAAUCCCGCUGUGGUUAAGUACCUGUUCUCAGCCAUGCUUCAGAGGGCCAUGCUGGCACCAAUGGUGUGGAUCCUGGUCACUUUGCUGGAUGGAAAGAUCUUCAUCUGUGCCUUCAGUGUUAGUGUAGACCCUGCACUCUUCUCAGGUUUGCCCAACAAUACAGGUCUGGAUGUGAUCAAAGUCAUGGCCAAAGUGCCCUGCAAGGAGGACAUUAUCUUCAGGAACAGCUCUUUCCGCAAAGCCGUCUCUCGUUACGUUCGCUGCUAUUCUCAAGCAGUCGGCUGGUCCAUCCUCCUCUUCCUGAUUGUACUGGGAGCAAUGGGACGCCUCGUCAAGCCCUAUUUCGACGACCACGCCGCCUCCCUGCAGACGCGCUACUGGAGCAACUACCUCGACGUCGAGCAGAAACUCUUCGAUGAGACCUGCGUCCUGCAUGCCCGCGACUUCGCCCGCAAGUGUGUGGUGCAGUUCUUUGAGGACAUGAGGGAGGAUGCUGUGCUCCGUCUUCCCCACCCGCUCUUCGUCACCAACCCCAAAGUGGAGUGGGAGGAUGAGGAAGAGGAGAGACUUCACGGGGUGUCAAAGCAGGAACAGGUGGACCAGCUUCUCAACAAAUGGUACUAUAAUAAACCUGAGCUGGACGUCACAAGGAUAGCCCACAGACCCAAAUCAUGCGUUAUCUGGGAGGACCGUAACGGGAAGACUUUAUACUCUGAUGUGUAGGACACAAUGUGCUGUAAAGCUGCAGGGUGAAUCAUGUCAUGACUUCACUACCAUGAAGCUAUAGCGUCAUGUUAGGUGUAGGUUACCUCUGUGUAGCAUGGCCGUACGCAGGGUUUUAGAAAUGCAGAGGUCAGAAUUCAGGGGCAUUAUUUAAUUUUUUAUUACCCUGAUCUCAAUACGUGCUAAUUAAGAGGUUUGUAGAGCCAACAUUUAGAUAACAGCUUGAAAACCAACACAGUGGGCAGGAGCAUAAAUUAUCUGUCAAGUUAAAUGUUGCAGUGAGUGAUCCACACUACAAUCUGUAAAUACAAAAGAGGGUCAAAUGAUCACAAAACAUCUGCAAAUUAAUGUUGGCUAUGCUUAAUUAUUGUGACUAAAGUAAAAGCUACUACACGUCUCUCUCACCCAUUGUGUUAACUGCCUCUGUCUCUUUCUCUGUGACUCCUCACUUGUCUUUCCUGCCAGUGUAUUAAAAAUAAUUUGGUAAAAAUUA